AUGCCUGAAAUAGACGAUGUCAUCAAUCCGCCGCAUUACAGGCCCCAACUAGACUACAAUCCAAUGUCUAGCAUUGAGCGAUACACUGUUUUGCUUAAAGACGGUGAGACAACAGCGACGAUAUAUCCAAUACAGAAUGCUGAAGAACUACCGCCGGGCUUGCUUGCGUUCUUAUGUGAUGAACUUAAUAUGGAAAUAGAGCGUGGUGAUACGAUAUCCUUCUUUGAUACACUUCAUAUCCUGAAUUUUCAGAACUACUGGUUCGGCGCAUUCGCCGGUGUUAUGGUCCUUGGAGACUCAGCUCAGUUAGAAGGCCCCAAGCAAUGGGAAAAGGAAUGCUUGGGAACAUUUUUCGUGAAACCAAACUACCCUGGACGUGCCUCUCAUAUCUGUACCGCCGGUUUCUUGGUCAAUGCUGGUAUCAGAGGUAAAGGCAUUGGCCGUACUUUGGCUGACUGUUUUCUACAAUGGGCCCCCAGACUCGGAUACACCUACUGUGUCUUUAAUUUGGUUUUCGAAACAAACGUGUCUGCCAGAAGAAUCUGGGAGUCUCUUAAUUUCAAAAGAAUUGGUAGGGUGAAAUCUGCCGGUAUUCUCAAAGGCCAUGACACGGCGGUAGAUGCAAUCAUAUACGGUCGAGAGCUAGUGACAGUGUCUGACUCGACUGUUGGUGCUUAUCGCUUUGACAAGAUUAAGUUCUAUCUCGAAACUGGUAAGUAUCCUGCCAUGGCAGAUAGACAAGAAAAGUCCAGACUACGGUCUUCUGCUUCACACUAUAGACUAGAAAAUGGAAAACUCAUGCUUCGAGACAAAGAAGUUGUCAGCGAUCCCGUGAGGCAGCUACAAAUUUGCACCGAGGUCCACUUGUCCAAUCAUGGUGGAAUCAACAAAACCACAUCUGCUGUCACUGAAAAAUAUCAUUGGACGAGGAUCAAAGAUACGGUAGCUGCGGCAAUCAAGAAUUGUAUGGCUUGCAGAGAAUCAGCAAGAGAGGAGAUUGCUAUCAAGCGUGCUGUUGUGCCUAAGAGAGUACUUCAAAGUCCACCAGAAGGACGUCGUGAUUUGAAUCAUGUUACGAAUCAGAAAAGCUCACAGAACAGAAUACGACGUGAUAAUGGCCACGAUGAGGUGGAUUCAAUUUCUGCAAUCCAUGGGCUCCAGCAUCGUGAAUCAGACAAUUUGUUAACCCACGAUCUCUCGGGACUUGAUGAUGGACUAAUAGCUGUUGUUGAAGCUGCACAACGACGCCAGCAGUCUCCACAACAGAGAUCAGACAAUGAUCAUCGCAAUCACCAUGCACCAUCUUAUGCUGCUGUUGCAGCAGCUGCUGUCGAGCCAGAAACUCAUAGGGGAUACCAAAACGAUUAUUCUUUCCACUACAAUGAAAAGUACAAUUCUUCCAAGGACCGCGAUAGAAAUGAAGAUGUGCCUGUUGAUCCAGACGUGUCCGAGUACGAUCAUAAUGUGAAUCCAGAGGGUGAUGAGAUUGAAAUAGCAAGGGCAUUAAUGCAAUCAAAUGACGACGUCGACGAAAACUCCCCAGAAAGAGGGCAGCGCCUGCAAAAAUCCAGCGAACAAGAUAGAGCAAACGAAGCAAACAUGUUCUUCAAAAAUCAUUAA